UCUCGCCGGGUGGUGUGUUGUUGGGUGUUUAAGACUAGGACGAGGGUUAGGAACUGGGCAGAGAAGGACACACAACCACACACAAUGAAUACUCUACUGACAGUACUGGUGUUGGCUCUCUUGUCAGCAGCUUUAGGAGCAAAGCCUAAAACACGUUUUACACGCUACCACUCAUGGAACUCACGGAUAUAUCCAGUGUGGAAAGAUGGGGACUCCCGAUACAGAGACUGUUGGACUGGUGGAGAAGUUACAUUCGAUGUGAAAAAUGAUGCACCCACCCUGACUGGCGCAAAGGCAACCUUUAACAUCGACCUUCGCUUCCCAUCAAACCAGACAGUGCUUCCUGAUGGACAGGUGGUCUGGGCACGUAACUGCACUGUCAAUGGAACACAGUAUCGUCAGGGCCAGGCUGUGUAUCCCGACCAGGUCUCUGGUCCUUCAGGAGAGUACAGCGGAGUCUUCCCUGAUGGUACCCCCUUCACUGGGACCGCAGACAGGAAACCACACUACGUGUUUGUGUGGAAGACAUGGGGACGUUACUGGCAGGUGGCGGGCGGGCCCUCCUCCUCUCUCACCAUCAGUACGGACAAUGUGCCCCUGGGCUCUUACAACAUGGAGGUGGUCAUCUACCACUGCCGUGGCAAGAACAAGUUCAUCCCUUUGGGCUAUGCCUCCACAACCUUCUCCAUCACAGACCAGAUCCCCUUCGCAGUGUCGCUGACCCAAAUUAACGAUGUGAACCAGGCUGACCAGAACUUCAUCCAGAACCGGGCCAUUGCCUUCAGCAUCAGCCUCCACGACCCCAGCCAGUACCUCAGCGCCUCAGACGUCACCUUUAACUGGGACUUUGGUGACAACAGUGGCACCCUCAUCUCCAGGGAGCGCCAGGUCACACACACAUACCUCACCACUGGCACCUACAGGCCUCAGGUGGUCCUGAUGGCAAGCAUCCCCAACGGCUGUGACACACCUGCAGACCCUACCGCUGCCAGCCCCACUGUGAUGCCUAUGGAUCCCUCCGGCGCUCCUGCCGUGGUUGUGGUGGACUCUACCCCAAGGGCAGCUCCAGCUGACAUCGCCCUGGAUGUGCCUGCCUCUGAUGUUGCCCCUGCUGAGGCUGCAGACACAGCUGCAGCAGACGCAGCUGCAGCCGACGCCGAUGCCGUAGACACAGAUGCAGCCACAGCCGAAGACCCAGCCGCAGCCGAAACUGCAGUCGAAGCCGGUGCCACAGCCGAAGACGCUGCCGCAGACGCUGCCACAGCUGAAGCCGCAGCCGAACCCACAGCUGACGACGCAGCCGCAACCGCAGAGGGAGUCGAGGUGGUCGCCUCAGCAGCAGAGGAUCCAGCCGUCAUCCCGGCAACAGAGGACCCUGCCGCUGUCCCUGCAGUAGAAGCCGAUGCCACAGCAGAAGACACGGCUGCUGCAGCCGUUGAGGACCCUGCCGCUGUCCCGGCUGUGGAGGGAGCCACAGCUGCCCCCGUCGCCCCAGCAACUGAAGAGGCAGCUGCUGCUGAUGCAGCUGCUGAUGCUGAUGCAGCUGCUGCUGAUGCAGCUGCUGAUGCUGAUGCAGCUGCUGCUGCCGAAACCGCAGUGGUAGAGGCUACGGCUGCAGAUGUGCCCGCCAUCGCCGCUGCUGCUUCAGUUGCUCCAGUUGCAGAGGGAGAGGAGGCCACAGUGGACCUGGCGGCCACAAUCCUACCAGAGGUCCCAGCUAUAGCCACCGUUGCACCCGUGGCGGAGGAGGCCAUAGUUGCUGAUGCUGAGGUGGUGGCUGAGGUUGCGGCUGCAACAGAGGUGGCCCAGGCCGAGACGGUGGCCCCUGCUGCUAACGUCAUUGUUCCUGCCGCCACGGCGGCUGCAGCUGUGGUGGAGGUAGUGCCAGCUGAGCUAGAGGCAGAGGUCGUAGAGACAGUGAUUGAGGUUGCAGCUGAUGCCACUGCAGCGCCAGCAGCAGUGACUGCUCCAGUGGAGAAUGAGGUAGUAGCAGAGGCUGAGAUAGAGGCAGACACAGAGACACAGGUGGCUCUUGUUGUGGCUAAAAGACAGGCUCCUGAACUUACAGCGGCUGACGACUGUAUGAUAUAUCGCUACGGCUCCUUCUCGACCGCUGUGGACGUCGUCCAGGGUAUUGAGAGUGUGGAGAUCACCCAGGUGGCCAACGUAGUGUCUCAGGCCACUGAGGUGGUGCAGAAUGCUGUGGACCUGACAAUCACCUGCCAGGGGAGCCUGCCCAAUGAAGUGUGCACCAUCAUCUCGGAUGCAGACUGCAUCACGCCUGUGGAGACCAUCUGUAACAACGUGACACCCUCCCCAGAUUGUCAGAUGAUCCUUCGCCAGUUCUUCAAUGACUCUGGAGUGUUCUGCAUCAAUGUGUCCCUGACCAAUGAUGUUAGUCUGGCUAUGGCCAGUGCUAAAGUCCGUGUGACUGUGGGCUCCAACUCCUCCACAGCAGGCACUGUGGCCGCGGUUCUGGGUGUCAUGGUCCUUGUCUGUGUUGUUGGUGCCAUUGCUUUGACCUACAAGCGGUUUAACCAAUACCGUCCACUGAGGGAGGACUCAACAGGCGGAAGCAUGGGAAGCUCUGGAAACACGUCUGUGCCGAUGCUGCUGUGGAACCUUCUGAGCCGACAGUCAACAGGAGAAAGAAGCCCACUGCUUCAGGGAAGGGUGGUGUGAACACUCAUAACCAUCUGCACUGAUAAAGCACACACUCAUGCAUGCAUGUUAACACGUAAAUAUCACUUAGACACACGCAUCCACUCAGCAACUGUGAAAUACACAUAUACAUGUUAACACAUUGCAGACUCAGACACAUAGAGCCACCCUAAUGCAGAGACAAACUGCAAUAAGAACAAGCAGUUGUAUUCUGUUUUGUUACACUGAAAGCAACUUUAAUAAAAACUAUAAUGUAUUGAUAAUGUAUACAUUUUCAACACAGAACCCUAAAAGCCUAAAUAAAUGUGUUUGUUUCUGCCGUUGCAUCACUUGUGACAAAAUAUUAUAUUUAUUUUGACCCACAUACUUUUUUAUUUAAGAAAAAAAAGAAUGAUGAAAGUUUACAAAAAUGCAGCAACUUAUGUUGUGUUUUUUCUGUUGUUACUCACUCUUCCUUAGAACGUAAUCAUUACAAUGAAUGACUGCCUCUUGUAAACUUCCAACACAUUAAUUUGCUUUGCUAACUGGUAUAAUUUGAAUUGUCAAUAAAAUCACAGCACUGUGAUAUAACAUAUUUAAUGUCACCCCAAAAGUAAGCAUUAAAAUGUAAAUUAUGUAAGAAUCUUCAACUACCGGUAUACCUCCAAAGCAAGUUAUAGAGUCCAAGCAAGUUAUAGAGCUCUAAUUGUCACCGCAAUCAAUACCCAAUACUAAAGCUGUCUCUUCUUAUUGUAAACCAGUUGAUGUCAGAAGUAAGAUAUUAUUUGUUCAUGAACACUCAUUAAAUAUAAAGAACAAGCUAUUGCUUUUACGUUAUCUCUUUCAGAUGAAAAAUAAUAUAAAAGGAACCAUGGGGAAACUGCAAUGAUGUGUCGGUUUGAUACCAGUAAAUAAAAAUGAAAGACACAACUCUAUUGCAUUCAAAUGUUCAUUUAAUUCUUGAUUGUUUUGAUUCUGUUGACAUUUCUCAGAAUGCAGCAUGAAAUAUUUUGUAAAGCUGCUAGAAAAGAGCAUAACGUUGCUGCAAGUAAAAAAUGUUAGCCAAAUAUAUGCAUAUAAAUUGUGUGCGACUCUAUAUGCAUAUAAGUUGCCCAUGUGUAAUUACACAAACAGAUAGUUGUAGAACUAUGUAACAAUAUGUACGUACAUGGUUAUUACACUGCAAUAAUCAAAUUAUUUAUUUUUGGGAAAUACUGUGAUAACUCCUGGUGAGUGAAGCUGAUGAAGCUCCAUGGAAUUUUGUAAAAAAAAAAAAAAGGUAAAGUAUUUUAUUGCAUAUCAAAGUCAAA